AUGUCAGAAUCAGUUCCAUAUGAGGAAUUUUAUUUCCAGUUUGGAAAAUAUGGGCUUUUCCGUGGAGCACAGCGACCUGGUUAUCAGCCAAUUUGUAGUGGAUCCACAUGUAGAUUUUUAUAUCCAUGCCAAAGUAGCGUAUAUUGCACCCCUGUUGAGUUACAUUUAAAACUUGGAAAAUAUUUUUUAGAAGUUUAUGGUGCGUCAGGCAGUGAUUAUGACAGUGGUAGUUUUGGCGGUUAUGCAUCAAUGAUAAUUAAUUUGCUUGAGGAAAAUCCUUUAUUUCUAUAUAUAGGCGGUAAGGGAGAAAUUAGACCAGAAACACCUUACGAGACCUUUAAUGGUGGCGGUUGGGGCGGUUCUGUAUAUUCCGGUGGCGGCGCCACUGACUUUCGUUCAGAAGACAAUUUAGAAUCGAGAUUUCUGAUUGCCGGCGGCGGUGGUGGUUCUGCGAAUGUACAUGAUAUUGGCACAUCUGGUGGUGGAUUGAAAAGUUUGGAUUUUUGUGGACUCCCCGGCGCAAACCAAACCAAUCCAGGCUUUGAUGGAUCAUUUGGCAGUGGAUAUGGAAAUAGAUAUUCAGCGCCUGGUAACUCUCCAGGAGGUGGGGGAGGCCUAUUUGGCGGUGGUCCUGGUUCCGGUGGAUCUGGUUUUGUUUAUUCUGAGAAUAGAGAGACUGAUAAAAUUCACCAAUUACCAUCAUGGAUAAAGAUCGAAGAUUCUCAGUUUAGUUAUUCCACAAAUAGAGGUCCUGGAUAUGCUAUCAUUUCGUCAUUAUCUCAUAACGAUUGCAAGUGCUCAUAUGAUUAUAUAAUUCCUAGGGAUAUCCAUGCUGCGCCAUUUUUGUAUAGUUAUAUGAUUAUGCCUAAAUAA